AUGUCCGACGAAGAAGGAAACAAAGGGCGCCAGAGCAAGGAAGAACGUGCAGCCAUGAAGAACGCAGCUCGAUCGCAACGGAGUGCCAAAGCUAGAGCGCUGCUGGCAAACCUCAUCCACGAACAACACAAAAUCGAUAUCGAACCCUCCAAGAUCACAAGCACAAAAUACGUUCGCGAGCUGGGCUUGAAAUUCGUUACUGCUGACGAGCAGACAUACCCGUGGCCGUACAUAUCGACAUCUCAAAUCAGUAGCCAGGACCUGGCACAGCUUGAGACUGCAAUUGCCAGUUCAAAAGUCUCAGCAGUUAAGGAUGACAUGUACAACACCGCCGCGCAGUUCCGUUCACGCUCGUCCAUAUCAACACCAUCACGACCCAACCUAAGUCCGACUAGUAGCUUCUCCUUUACAAAUCCUCACGACCCACACGGAAACCCUCCCCCGGACGGUUACAGGAUUGCACCUCCGUCUUUGCCGCCACUCCAGACUCAGGCCCCACCUCCUCCUAGCCCGCAUUCCCACUCGAGACUCAAUUCCCUGGCGGAAGCGAGUUCUGCUCAAGCAUCAGCAACCUCGGCGCAUCCUUCUUCUGCCAACCCUGGGCAUCAUUGGGCCGGAGCGGCAGCUGCAGUUUCAACAUCAACACACAUUAGCUCUCCACCCGAAGCGCCACCUGCGGGUUCCGUGUCACAGAAUUUGGUAAAUGAGGCUAGGAGCGCCACCGUUUUCGCCUCAUCAAAUCCCAGAAAGAGAAUGUAUCCGUUCGACUCGCUGGAUUCCCAUGUGGAAGAAGACUUCGUGAGGAUAAAAAUACCCAGGAACAGCAUAAAAGACAUCAUAGAAGCAGAAACUUCAGCUUAUUUGGUUCAGAUAAGGGAGCUUGAAUCACGAGUAGCCGACCUGGAACGGGACGCUGACCGGCAAAAUAAAGAAACACACCGGUUACGGAACGAGAAUGAGAGGCUACGCAAGGACCUAUCACUGCAAGGCGGUGACGAGAUGGAAAGAUUAAGGAUAGAAAACGAGCGUCUCAAGGUCCUAGGGCGUAAAUUGUUCGAGUAA